UACCUUCAUACAUACUGUCCGUCAUAUUCCUUCGCUUGAUUGGUCGCCGAAAACUAUAUGCAAUAUUUAUGGUCAUCACUGGUGUCUCGUGUUUUGCGGUCAUCCCGUCGACCACUGUAUGGCUUAAAGUGAUGUUUGCAUUAUUAGGCAAAUUCGGAAUCAACAGCGCCGCCAAUGUGAUGUCAGUACAGAUCCCUGAACUCUACCCCACAGUCUUAAGGCAGAGGGGAUUAGGUGUCGCGUCUGUCAUCGGAAGGAUUGGAUCCAUUGGCGCAACAUUUAUCAAGAAUUUGAAGGCCAGUACAGGGUUAACGCUGGUUAUGACACUGUACGGUACCCUCACAUGUGUCGGUGCCGUUUUGGGUCUACUUUUGCCCGAAACUAAGGGACGAGAAAUUCCCGAUACUAUAGAAGAGGCAGAAAAUGCCAAAAACACCGUCCGAUGUGAGCCCAUACACUUUCAUAGAGGAAGCCUACUUACAGGGAUAAGUUUGAUCGCUAUACAAGCAAAAGCCAAAGUGCCGGGCAGUAUAUACUCGGAUCUGAGACGGGAGGGUAUACUUAAGGAAAGUCUGUAUAAAACGGAUAAUGACCUCAAGUAUCGGUGGGUGUCGUACGACAACUGGACAUUUGAGCGCACAUUCAACGGUAUGGACACAAAAUUGUUAGCCAAACAAUACGUAUAUUUGUUGGCCGAUGGCAUCGACACCGUAAGCACUGUCACCAUAAAUGAUGAAUUGAUCGGUCGGACAGACAAUCAGUUCAUAAGAUAUAAGUUUGAUGUGAAGAAAGUGCUCAAAUUGGGUCCAAACGUCAUACGAGUGGCCAUACAGUCGGCGCCGUUAUAUUCAAUGAAAAGGGCAAAACAAUACGAGACUCAAUACAAGUAUAAAGUGUAUGACUGCACUAAAGGCGCUGACAAUGAAUGCUAUUAUGAUUUUAUCCGAAAAAUGGCCGCUUCUUACAGUUGGGAUUGGGGGCCGGCAUUUCCCACACAAGGCAUAUGGAAACCCAUUGGCAUCGAGGCGUACGAUAAGGCAGUCCUUCGGGACGUAAUGGUAGACACAAAACCCGACCCUAAAAAUAGCUCUCAAUGGGUGCUGACAGUCAGUACGUACGUGGAGUCGGCAUCACUGAAACAAAUCGACACAAUACUCGACAUCUCAUUGGAC